AUGGUCGUCAAGAACACCCAAGCCGUCGCGAAGGCCACCGCGCCUCGUCUGCCGCCCCUUCACAAGCUGCGCGUCCGCAAGCCCGACCAGGCCAACGCAAACCCUUGCAUCGGUGUCAUGUCUUCUGUCCUCGGAUGUUGGGCAUCUUCUGGAUACACUGCCCAAGGAUGCGCCGCUCUUGAACAACAACUUCGCGCAUGCAUGGACGCUCCCAAAGCUGGCCAAACCAAGAAGAGUUCCAUCAACUACCAUCUCUCGAGAUUAUACCCUCAGAUCAUCGGUCCACACAAGCGAAACUAG